CCAAACAUUGACCCAUCAAAGAUCCAAACUUUUAUGCCCAAGCUUUCUUCUUCCUCCAAACUCAUCGGCUGUCAAAAUCCCAAAUGCAAAUGGGUACUAGCCUCCAAAAAAAAACUGAAUCCUCUUCUCCAUCAAAGAUAGUUGUUGCUUGGAAGUUGUUGCCGGGUUGUUUCCAGAUUGCUGCAAAUCUGCCUGUGCUGAGUUGUUGUCAUCCCAAUGCCCAUUGCUCUGUACCAAAAUUUAAUAAAAGAUUGGAAGAUGUUCAUGAAGAAAUUGUAUUACCUUCAAUUAUUUCUCUGAUUCAAUCAUGGGUGAGUUUCAAUUAUUACAGAUCUCCUUCUCUUCGAUUCUUCUCCUCUGAACACGUUGGGCUUUUGACUGAAUGUUGUUUUUGAGUUUUUUUUUUUUUUUGUACAACAAUGGAGGUUGGAUAAUUUUUUAUCCCUUUUUGUAUUUGGAUUUUCGGGAUCUGAGUAGUUUUUCUUUGAGAUCUACAUUUUUUUAGAUAUGAUUUUCCUAGUUUUGGAAUGAAAAUGGUUGAAAAUGGUUGUUGGGGUUCUACAGCUGGGUCACGAAGAAGGAGGAUCCCCUCUGUUUUUUUUUGGCAG